AUGCAAGACAACCCCAGCGACGAGACGGUAGUCGGCGACAGCGAUCCUCCUCCCCAACUCGGAGCCGAAAAAGAGACUCCCCACCAUGACCAACCAUCCGGUCGGCCGCGGGCCGCGAAGCUCAACCGGGACAACACCAGUCACUCGGUGAGCCAAUGGGCGAAGAAGCGCUUGGAGGAGCACGAAAACCUUCCCUCCCAGUCAGUCAGCUGGUGGCACCCGCAUCUGGCAAAGUUGCGGAAGCACACUUCUAUUCUGUGGAUACGGAACACGUUUAUCGUUUGCUUGGGGGCUUUUCUUGUUCUGUGUCUCUACUGGGGCAUAGUUUUCAAGAUUGAAGAGAACUUGCCGUCGCUUGUCUGCUUCGUGGUAGACUUUGACGGCAAAGUUGCUCCUUUCGAGGACGUGACGCCUUUGAUAGGCCCUACUGUCACGACUCUGGCAAACGAGACGCUAUGGAGCGCGAUACCCUCCAUCGGAUAUCAAAUCCGACCCGCAAGCGAGUUCAACUUUGACCCUCUCGAAGUUCGAAGAGCUGUGUACGAAUUCAAGGCCUGGUCGGCCAUCGUUGUCCACUCCAACGCGACAUCCCUUUUGCAAAACGCGGUGUCAACGGGUAACUCCUCGUACGACCCAACCGGAGCCGUCCAAGUCAUCACCAUGUCCGGCCGAGACUCGUUCAUGACGUACAGCUACAUCUUACCAAAACUCACCACAUUCACCCAGCAACUCGCAUCACAGUUCGGCAAAACCUGGGGCGACAUGAUUAUGGCCAACGACUCCUUGACAAGAGAGAACCUUCAACAAGCUGCCAGCGCCGUAAACCCUGCGAUUUCACCACUCAUGCUGGACCUCCGACCGUUCGGACCCCCAGCGGCAACACCCGCGGCUACUUUUGGCUUGAGCUUCCUCAUCGUCCACUUUGGCUUUACCUACUACCUCGCGGACGACCAGAAAUGCAUCAUCCCGGAAGGACACCCGCCCGUGCACUACUGGCACCACGUCAUCCGCCGCUGGCUCGCGCUGAUGGCAGCGUACUUCUUUCUUUCUUUCGCGUACAGCCUGCUGCCGCUCGCAUUUCAAGUCCCGUUGGGAAACCCGCCAGCGUCGCCGGUCGAGGUUGCGCAGAACCCGAACGCCUUUGGGAAGGGGUCGUUCUUCGUCUUCUGGAUGCUCCAUUUCCUCGGGAUGGCCGCGCUCGGGUUUCCCUGCGAGAAUAUGGCCAUGCUGAUGGGCUCGCGAUGGGUCGGGCUAUGGUUGACGUUCUGGUCCCUCACGAACACGGUUACAGGCUUCUGGCCGCCCGACAUUGCCCCCGGCUUUUACAGGUGGUCGUACGCAUGGCCGUAUCACCAUGUUUUUCUUGACCGAUCCAACAUUGGAAAUGCCAGAAUCCAGGGCAUGAGCAAGGACAUCAACCUCGAAGGGUUUCGCUUCAACUGGGUACUGUCAAUAUUCUACAUCGUCUAUCUCUUCGUCGAGGUCCCCAGCAACAUCAUACUCAAGCGUGUCGGCCCGCGUUUCUACCUGCCUUUCCUCGUGGUGGGCUUCGGACUUGUUUCACUCUGCACAGCAUUCGUCAGAUCGUAUGAGGGACUGGCAGCAGCUCGAGCCUUCUUGGGCGUCUUCGAAGGUGGAGCCAUGCCCGGGCUCUCAUUUUUCUUGAGCAGCUUCUACCGACGAGAGGAGUUGCUCCUGCGCAUCGGCAUAUUCAUAUCGUCAGCCUCCCUGGCUGGGGCAUUUGGUGGGCUUCUAGCAACCGGACUUUCCCGCGUACCGGAAUGGGGCUUCGAUGGAAUGGUGAUCCAUACGUGGCGCAACAUCUUCUUCUUCGAAGGUUUCGUCACGAUAUUGGUCGGCCUGUUCGCGCCCUUGUGGAUGCCAAUGAAUCCUUCAACGGCUUACUUCCUCACCGAUCGAGAACGGCUGAUCGCCGUCGAGCGUCUCCAGCGCGAGCACAAGGCCAAUGCCGACGAGCCUGUGAACAUCCACCACGCGAAGCGGGCCGUCAUGUGUAUCCACAAUUACACUUGCGCGUUCGGCUUCUUCGUGAUCAACAUCACGGUACAAGGAAUCUCCGUUUUCAUGCCUACCAUCCUCAACGAUCUGGGCUGGACGGCGACGAAAGCGCAGCUGAUGUCGGUGCCGCCUUACGUUGUCGCUUGCGUGACGGCGGUGACGAUAGCAUACAUCAGCGACAAGACCCGGCAGCGAGGAAUAUACCUGGCAAUCUUCUCGGUCAUCGCCGUGAUUGGGUUUGCUAUCCUGCGAUUCGAGACCGAUGCGAAUAUUCGGUACAUGGCGGUUUUCUUUGUGACUGCGGGCGCCUUCCCAGGUGGCCCUGGUUUCCUGAGCUGGGCUAUGAAUAAUUCCGCAGGGCCUUCAGUCCGCGCUGUUACCAGCGCCUAUGUAGUCACUAUUGGCACCAUUGGUGGAAUUGUUGCCACCUGGACAUACACAUUCAAAGACGCACCGAAAUACUUCGUUGGCCACACCAUCAACCUCACGCUCAAGAAGCUGUUUCGGGAGGAGGAAACUCAAUUCCUGGCUCGGACGAAAACGAUGAACGACCCUUCCGAAGACCCGCAUCGCGCUUUCGCAGCCCGACCCGACGUCAACGACACCGAAAAAGACAGCCAUGACGGCAAUCUGGAGAACGGCAUUGCCAAGCAUCACCGGAAACCUCACACUGCUGUCGGCUUCUGGGAUCCAUCCAUGAGAAAGGUUCGCGCGCACGUCAUCCGGCUAUGGCUUCAGACAAUCUUGAUUCUCAUCGCGUUCAUCCUCGGGGUGUUGUCGCUGUACUGGGCGGUGCUCUUUCGCGCCGAGGCGAACUUGAGGGCGAUAGUGGUUCAUGUUGUCGACUUUGAUGGCCAAGUUGCACCAUACCAGUCCGUCCAACCGCUUGUUGGUCCGACAGUAAUACAGACAGUUCAGAAGGCCCUGGAAAAGUCCGGACCUUCAUUAGGAUGGACAAUCCUACCACCUUCUCACUUCGAUAAUGACCCGAUGGCUGUACGGCAAGCGGUUUAUGACUGGGACAGCUGGGCAGCUGUGAUCGUUCAUGCGAAUGCCACGGCGGCACUUCAAGCGGCCGUUGAGACUGGAGAUGCCAGUUAUGACCCAGCUGGCUCAUUACAGAUCAUCGUGCAGAGUGCUCGAGAUUCGACGACGUACCAAAGCAAUAUUCAGCCGUACAUCACUCAGUUCACGGAACAAUUCACUCAGGCGUUUGGAAAGCAAUGGGGCCAGACUGUUAUGUCGAACACAUCCUUGAGUCGGGAACUUUUGGCCAGGGCAUCCGCUGCCGUGAACCCGGGAGUGGCCCCCUUGAUGAUCGACCUACGUCCCUUCAAGCCAGCAACUGCCACUCCCGCAGUCAGCAUCGGUCUGAUUUACCUCAUUAUCAUGGCGUUCUUUUCUUUUGCUUUCUUCCUUCCCAUUCAUUCGAAAUACAUACAGCCACAGGGCCACCCGCCCCUGAAGUUCUGGCAACUGAUUGUAUGGCGUUGGACAGCGACCAUAGUCGCCUACUUCCUUAUUUCCCUGGCUUACAGUUUAAUAUCUCUCGCUUUUCAACUCCCUCUCAGCGCUGCACCAACCUCUCCAACCGAGCCUUCUCCACCAGAAGGGGCAACAGCCUACGGCCGCGGUACCUUCCCUGUGUACUGGAUGGUCAACUUUGCUGGAAUGACGGCGCUAGGUCUCGCAUGCGAGAAUGUUGCCAUGCUUGUCGGCCAGCCGUGGACGGCUCUUUGGCUUAUCUUCUGGGUUAUCACCAACGUCUCAACGUCUUUCUACGCCAUUGAUCUAUCUCCAGGCUUCUAUAGAUGGGGAUAUGCGUGGCCCGGCGGUACAUCCUCGAAGAGACAGCCUCACGGAUUCACGAUCCAAGAUGACACGGAUGCCAUUCGCAACGAGCUAAUUCCCUUUGUUGAGAAAUGCGGCAGUGAAGGAGUCAUAAUGAUCCUACACUCCGCUGGUGGGUUCAUUGGAGCCGGAGCCAUGAAAGGCUUGUCCCAAAUGGCAUACGAGGAUGACGGGAAGAGGGGCGGCGUCCGUCAGAUCGUGGCCUUCACAGCUGGCUUCCUCCCCGUUGGAUUUGAGCAUAAGCCUCUUCCAUUUAUGAAAGUCAACGAGGAAAAGGGAAUUCAAACACCUGUCGAUGACAUGGCGUUCUUCAACGACAUGUCGCCGGAGGAGGCCAAGCCGUGGAUCAAGAAGUUUGUCCACCAUCCGGCCGAAGGAUGGGGCACUCCCAUUGAGUAUGCUGGAUGGCAGGAGGUGCCGACAGACUACAUCAUCUGCGAGAGCGAUGAGAUUAUACCAGCGCAGAUGCAGGAGACGCUUGCGUCUUUGGCAGAAGCGAAAGUGUACAGAUUGGAUGCUGGUCAUAUGGCGCAACUGUCCAAGACUGAAGAGCUCUCGCAGUUGAUAGUGAAGGCUAUUGAGAGGAUGCAGUAA